GCCCCUCGUAGCCUAAUUGGGUGAUUGCUUACCACGUCCUUCCUCUUCAAACAAGAAGAAUUAAAACAAAAAAAUGGAGAUGCGGGGUAUCGAUCCCCGUACCUCUCGCAUGCUAAGCGAGCGCUCUACCAUCUGAGCUACAUCCCCAUGAUCGGUUACUUGAGUCAUAUGAUUAUUAAUGGGUCAGAAAUUAACUUUUAAACAUCUCUGCUCUUUUCAAAUUUUUGUUUUCCAUUUGAGGAAUAUCGAUCGAUCAUUGCGACUCUGUCCGAGAGUCUGAGAUUACACACCGUUUUGGGAUUCUUGACUUUGAUCCAAGCCUUGUGGUUUAUGGCAUUGGUAACUACAACACUGUGUCAGCGGCAUUUAGACUUAUUUCCAAGGAAGAACACGUUUCUGGGUUCUUUGUACUAAUUACAUUGGGUCCUUGGGUUAUGCUGGAAAAGGAGCCAAGUCUGUUUUACUUUGCAGCUCUUGAUGGUUCAAUGUGGUUCCUUCACAAUUCUGGGCUUGUUAUGAUCAAAGACCUACAUAUUAAGGGAUAGCCUAAAAGGGUUUUCUUAAGAGGUCAUUUAAGAUCAGUUGGUUUCUUUGAAAGAUUCAUAUGGCUGCAGUUGAAAAUUUAGACAUUGAAAGUGGAGGCCAUACUAGUCAAGAAGAUGCAGGCUUGGAGCUUCUUUGGAGCAAGAGACUCAAAAACAAAUUCUUGAAUAGUAAUUUGGGGGUGUAUUUGAGUUCCAGUGAGUCAAUUAUGUGCAAAUAUGGCAUUCAAUCAUCUAGGAGUUUGGAAAGAUAUGGCCAAGUUAUGAUUGAAAGUGGGGAGGUAAAGGUAGUAAUGAAUUCAGAAGAGAGUCGAGGGCAUUUGAACCUUGCAGAGAAAACAUAUGAGAAUGAGAGGCACAGGAAUACCAACUCUAGGAAUGCCCUGAAGCCACCGCGACCUCCUAAAGGUCCAUCACUCGAUGCUGCUGAUCAGAAGUUGGUUUGGGAGAUCGUGGAGCUUGCUAGGAGAAAGCGUGCAAGAAUCCAACAAAUUAAGGCAGCAAAGAAGACGAAAGCAACCAAGUCAUCAUCUGUGCAAAGUGGCAUAUCUGCCAUGAUCAUCACACUAUUGUUCUUCUGUGUCAUAAUAUUUCAAGGUGUAAGCUCCACAACUGUUCCAAAUAUGAAUACACAAGGGUCUCCAGAGCCAGCAGUUGCAACAGCUGGAGAUUUAAUUUUUCUUCAUUACUCCCAAAGCACGAUACCUCGUUCUAGCUUUCAGAAUUCUGUCAAAGACCUGGUUUCUCGUUCAGGUCCGGGUGAAAAGGUGAUGAAGAUGUAGGAGUUGCUGGCAUUUUAUUGUCAUGUAAAAUCAUAUUCUGUUCUCCAUUUGGUAAUACCGCAUCACCAUAUGGCUGUCACUCUUUUGUACAUUGAACAGCCCAAAACUCGAAGAGAUUUUUGACAUAGUUAUCAUGUACGGUAGCUUAGUUCAAUUGGUUGAUGAAUGAUUUUACCAAAGGAGAAGAGAGGCAAAUCAAAAGGUGAAGAACAACAACAUGGUGAUUGUGCAACCGUCUAGAGGAGUCUAGUAAGAAAUAGCUGAGAUCAGAGCUAUUCAUGUCGGUUGUAAGUUCAUACUCGUUCACAUUCACUUAGUUAACUGCUUUGGACUUGCCCUUCAGGAGUUAAAUUCCACAGUUGUUUACCUCA